ACAUAGUGAAGGAGGGUUGGUAAUGGUGUAAGUUGUCAGUGACCUUUAUAAACCCAACAACACCGGCAACACUACAACUGUAGUCUCCUGCAGGACUAUGGUGAGGCAAGUCUUAGUUGAAGGGCUCUGGGUUUGAGGAACUGGAUCUGCUUUUAUCUAUCCCUUUCCUUGCAGCAAUUUGGCUAUACCUUACAAGAGGUACUUGAACAGUCACCUCCAGUGGUAAAAUUCAUACAUCUGAGAGCCAAGUUUCAUUCAACACAUCUAAGACCAUUCCAGAAGCAUCAUGAUUAGAAAUACGGUAUGUGGAGUUGGUCGCUGUGUGUCCAAUGUUUGGGGUAAAAGAAUGUUUCAAGCAUCCGGAGUUAAGCACAACGAUGAUGAUCUUCAGACGCAACGAGUUGAGAGGCUAGAGAAAUCUGUAAACCAGGUGAUGAUCUUGGGCAGAGUUGGUGGCAAUGCAGAGAAACGUGGCAGUGAGGAGCAUCCUGUGGUGACCUUCUCUGUGGCCACACACAACAACUACCGUAAAGGAGAAGAUCUGAUUCAGCAGACAGAUUGGCAUCGUGUUGUCGUGUUUAAGCCAUAUCUUCGUGAGACGGUUUACCGCUUCUUAACAAAAGGCCAAAGAGUCAUGGUCCAGGGAAGGAUUGGCUACUUGGAGCGCAGAGACCCGGAGAAUAAUUCCGUUGUUAUGAAGACUGCUACGAUUGUGGCAGAUGAAGUCAUUUUUUUCAACUGAGGUACAAAAGGUCACCCUGCCUUGGUGAAAAAUUGCCAGUGUGUUAAUAAAAAAAAUAUUUCCUAACCUGGAAUAGGAGAAACAAUGGCUGCUGGUCUUUGCGUGAGAAUAUUCAAGAAGCUGCUCUUGCCUACGUUGGGUCUACCAAGGAUGGUUAGUUGCAGGCCACUUCUUAGCCUCUCUCCACGCCGAUCAUCUCCCAGAUGACAUUUCAGUUCUUGGAUAAGUUUACAAAUUUUGACUUCAAUGUCUGCCAAUAUACCCUCCUGCAAUAAGAACACAAUUAAAAACUGCUUCCUCUAAAUGGAUAUUACAUAGCAAUUAAAUUUUAUUUAAAAUGUAUACACAGUAUGUAUUUUAUCUCAAAGUUUGAAAAUUAUGAAAUUAAUUUGAUGUACCAUUCAAUUUUAACCAGUAAAGUUCAUAUCUUGUUAAGUAAUAUUUCUUAAACCUGUACAGUAUAACUACCAUGUUAUUUUUGUAAUGUGUUUUAGUAGCAAAAAAUAAACAGUGGCUUACU